UAGCCUCUGUAGUUUUCCGCGCGCUCUAUUUAGCAUGGACGACCCAAACAUUCCCACGUGACGCUUCAACGAUUAGCUCACGAGCACGCGCUGCUGCAGGAGAGGGUAAAGAAGAAAAAAAAAAUUGACAACACACACACACACUCACAGAGCAGUCGGUGGAGGGAGAAAGAAAUGAGGAGCGCACGCCUUUCCCUCUCAGUGCACAUUUACUUGCUGAUAUGUUUCCGUUUCUUCUUUGCACUGUGGAAAUGUUUUCAUGAGGAUUUACACAAGGCUCGUUCGGGCGCGUGCUUGGUGUGAUUGAUUUGAUUGCUUAAAAAAAAAACAAAAAAAAAAACAAGUUCACUGAAGAAAGUUUGAAUUCGUGGACAUCGUGGCAGCCAUGCCGGAGAAAGUGAGCAUCUCAGACUUCGUCUCGUUGGCGAAUGAGGACAUCACGUCGCCAUCCACGUCGUGUUUUCAGGCUAAAAUGAGCGACUGUCGGAGCACAGUGACGGGCCUGGAGGAGAUUCUGGAGCAGGACCAGAGCUCUCUGCAGAGGAUGAAGAAGAUGGUGAAGGGCAUCCACAGCUCUGGUCUCAAUCACGUGGAGUGUAACGAGCAAUACAUCGAGGUUUUGGAGAACCUGGGAAACAGUCAUCUAUCUCAGGACAAUAUUGAGAUCUCCACAGGGUUCCUUAACCUGGCAGUGUUCACAAGGGAGGUCACCGUGCUCCUCAAAACUCUGGUGCAGAAUCUGAACAGCAUCCUCUCCUUUCCUCUGGAGAACAUCCUGAAGAGUGAACUGAGAGACAGCCGACUGGAUCUGAAGAAGCAUAUGGAGAGAGGCUGGAAGGAUUAUGACGUUAAAAUGGGGAAGUUGGAGAGGGAGAGGCAAAAGCAGUUCGGUCUGGUGCGCCUGGACUCGGAUAUAGUGGAAGACAUGGAGAGAGAGAGGAGGACUUUCCAGCUGCAGAUGUGUGAGUAUUUGCUGAAGGUUCAGGAGAUGAAGAUACGACAAGGUCCUGAUCUGCUCCAGAGCCUUAUCAAGUAUUUCCAAGCCCAGCUCAAUUUUUUUCAGGAUGGACUGAAAGCUGCUGAAAAUCUCAGUCCAUUUGUGGAAAAGCUAGCAGCCUCUGUUCAUACGGUUCGCCAGGACGAGGACGAGCAGGUGAAGCAGCUCUCUCAGCUCCGUGACUGUCUCAGGAGUCAGCUACAAGUGGAGGGUAAAGAGGAUUAUCUAAACAGAAAGAACGCCGGUCACGGAUACAGCAUCCACCAGCCACAGGGCAACAAAAAAUACGGCACCGAGAAAUCAGGCUUCCUGCUCAAGAAGAGCGAUGGAAUCAGAAAGGUAUGGCAGAAGAGGAAAUGCGGAGUCAAAUAUGGCUGUCUGACCAUCUCUCAUAGCACGAUUAACAGACCCCCAGCCAAACUCAACCUCCUCACGUGUCAGGUUCGGCCCAACCCUGAGGAGAAGAGGACCUUUGACCUUGUGACUCAUAAUCGCACGUAUCAUUUCCAAGCAGAGGAUGAACAAGAAUGUAUGAUCUGGGUGUCUGUACUCCAGAACAGUAAAGAGGCGGCUCUGAACACGGCUCUGGGAGGAGACCAGCUGCAGUAUCCGGGCAGCGGGCUGCAGGAUCUGGCGCGUUCUGUAAUUUCAGGCCUGAGAAAUCUUCCAGGCAACGAUACCUGCUGUGACUGCAGUGCUCCGGAACCCACCUGGCUCUCCUCUAACCUGGGCAUCCUGACCUGCAUCGAAUGUUCAGGAAUCCACCGCGAGCUCGGCGUUCACUACUCGCGCAUACAGUCGCUCACUCUCGACAUGCUCAGUACAUCUGAACUACUGCUUGCAGUGAGCAUCGGUAACAACAAGUUUAAUGACGUCAUGGAGGCCAACCUGCGCGAUGACUCAGUGAAACCCUUACCGCAGAGUGACAUGAAUGCGAGGAAGGAGUACAUCAUGGCGAAGUACGUGGAGAGGCGCUACGUGUUGCCUAAAGAGCACUCUGAGCCCCUGCGUGUGUACGAUGCCGUGAAAUCCAGAGACCUGACAUCCCUCCUCCAGCUGUACGCCGAGGGAGAAAGCCUGUCCAAACCCACAGCUGUACCCGAUCAACAGGAUUUGAAAGAGACGGCUCUGCAUGUGGCUGUGCGUCUGGCUGAGAAGAGCUCUCUGGCCCUUGUUGAUUUUCUCACACAGAACUGUGGCUGUCUGGAGAAGAAGACAGUGGAAGGAAACACAGCUCUUCAUUACUGUGCGAUGUACAAUAAACCAGAAUGUCUAAAACUGCUGCUUAAAGGGAAGGCUACUUUACACACAGCGAACACGGCUGGAGAGACCGCGCUGGACAUCGCCAAGAGACUGCAGCACACACUGUGUGUCGACUUGCUGGAGCUGGCUCACAGCGGGAAAUUUAACUCCCAGAUCCACGUUGAGUACACAUGGGAGAUGCCGCAGGAGUUCCUGUACGACAGCGAAGACGAUCUGGAUGAGAAGGUCAGUCCACCCCGGGCUCUGCGCUCGCCUCCGCCCUCUAUUGGCUACUUUGGGAAUUCUCCGUGGAGCUGUAACAGCAGCGACCCUACCAGACCAUACCAGAACGUAGACUUUGUUUGCGGCAACACAGCGAGCAGCAGCACCUCCUCUGGAGGCAACACACCUCCUCCCCUCCCUGCUAAAUCCAUUCAGAGAGGUCGAUCCGACCCCCAAAUCAGCACCUCCACCCAGGAGUCUCACCCUUUUUCCCGCCACAGCUCCAGCUCCUGGAGUGGUUCCCAUAGAAACGGCCCCCCUUCACCCAUGAACGAGGUCACAGGGUCACGGGCUCCCCGCUCACCUCGCAACGGAGUGCUGAAGAGACAGACGGUUGUCUGGGAGGGACCAAGUUCAUCAGUGACGCAGAGCUCCAUCGGGCCCGUCGUGUCGGAGAAGACGACGUCGUAUCGGCGAACAAGUACUGGAAGUGGGAAGUGUGCAGCAGGUUCUCCCAGCUCUGGAAGCAGCAUGGAGGAGCUCUACUGCAGUCUGACCAAUAACAGCACUGCUAAUGUUAACGCUAACCUCACCGUGCCCGUCAUUCUACCACCACCUCCCCGGUCACGCAAGAACGCCAUGAGUUCAGUGAGGCCUCUGAAGAGGAAGGUUCGAGCGUUAGUGGACUGUAUGAGUGUGGGCUCUGACCAGCUGGCCUUCUGUAAAAAUGAUAUUAUCAUAGUGACUGCUGCGGAUGAUCCCCACUGGUGGGUUGGGCAUGUAGAGGGAAAGCCGUCCAAAAGCGGCUCCUUUCCAGUCAAUUUCGUUGUGAAACUGGGAGAAUGAUUCUUCCGGAAGCUUCCGCCGCGCGAGACGAGCGACCACACUGCUUUCAUCUGAAAAGUGCUCAUCUGUGUCGGUGUGGAACAGCGUGUGCUGCAGUAAAGUGGGUUUAAAGGGGAAAUCUAGCUACACAUUGUUCCUCAGACUGUUUAGCACAUCACUCGUAGCACUUUAGUCAUUAAAUUGGCGUGCGGAGCAGGAGAGAGGCCGGUGCACGAAGCAGCACUUAGUAAACACACGUACGAACUCAUAACAGUAACGGGAAGCCGUCGGUCUGGAAAGAUAGCAGAUGGAUCAUCAUAAAUGCAAUGCGCUUCCUGACAGUUCAUACCAAGUCCCCAGGUUUCAUUGUUUAAUGGAUAUUGUCGAGGCGCUGGUGAAUGGCAUCCAGUGACUGGAUAAAGAAACACGAUCCUCACCGACUGACUUUCAGCCCAGUGAGGGAGAGACCGAGAUCGAGACAGAGAAAAGGAAAGACGGAGGUAUUGUGUUUCCAGGCUUUAACUGGGAUGCUCUGCUUAUCUUUCUGCUGAAUCAGCAUUCUCUCACUGGAAGACUUUAAACUCUGUUUGGACAGCCAACAUUCUGCAUUCACAUGGAGUCAUGUGUUCACCGUGUUUACAAGAAGAUUUCACAUCAACGGCUCAGUCGAGGAGUUCGAGACUCUGCGUUUUCUAGAUCACGAGCUGUGACACAACGUGGACGUUUUUCACAAGGGCUAAACCUGUAAUACUCAUCAUACUGAGUCUUUUGUUCAUUACUUACCAACACGUCAAGAUGAUGUUGAUAUUUUAAAUGGUUUUGAUGUAAAUUUGUUUCCGUGGUUAUUUUGCCUUUACGUUGCCCAGAUAACAAGAAAAUAUUGCAGCUCCAUGCUAGCUCACCAAAUCAGCAAACUCGGUCAUUACCUAGCUUAUUUUACUGUCUAGUUCGUUUAUAUUGUCUAGUCGUAAUAUUUACACAACUUUAACCAACAUCACAAGUUCACCAUCAGUUCCAACGAGUUCUUUACACACAGAUUUAGAAAGCAAAAUGCGUACAAGCCCCGUUCUUUCCUGACGUUUACACUAAUACCAAACUCGCCAAUCUAAAAGAUGCACUUAGAGCAGCCAACAGUCUGUAAAUAAUAAGUGUUUAAUUGUUGCUUCACGGUCCAUCGUUGUAACGCAAUUUAUUUUUAAAUGGGGAAUAAAACUCACAAGGCACGAUUAUUCUAGAGCACUUUCACACCUAUUCUGUUUGUUAAAUCUGAAUCGGAUUUAGCGAAAUUGGUACUUUGGGUUCGUUUACUAUUUGGUUUGGGUUCGCACUGCAUAUAAUUAAAACAACAACAAUAAUAAGCUGAACCAGUACAGUUACAGUGUCACAGAUAUUAGCCGAGCACAGAGAACGUGAAGCCGGCGCUGAACAAAUGAUAAUAUAUUUAUAUAAAUAAGGAGUUUUUGAAGCGUCGUCGUGUGUGAAAUGCAGAGUUUCUUUUCUCUCUUAUGGCAUUUGGCAGAUGUCCUUAUACAAAGCGACUUAGAUUUAUACAACGCAGCAGUUGCUGGUGUUAAGGGUCUUGCGCAGCUUGGCACUGGUGCUGGGGUUUGAACUCCUGACCUGCCGAUCAGUAGUCCAACAUUUUAAUUACUGAGCUUCCACUUCUCCUGUUUGUUCAUCAGGCGAAAUAUCUAGAACUCGUGGCAUUUCUGAAGCGCUACAGCGCUGUCCUUUGGCUCGGUUUGCGGCUCACGUGUACCAAACCAACGACGACACCGUGUCUUUCUUGGUUCGUUUCCUGCACUCGGGUCGAUUCAGCGUCAAAUCGGUUUCUCGCUGCAAACAAACCACGCUCGAUUGCCUUCAUAUGGACCAGGGGUGGGCACUCUUAUGUGGGUGCAGGUUUUCACUCCAACCAAGCAGGAGCCACAUCUGAUUCCACCUAUUUAAUCAGUCGAUCUUGGCUUUCAAUAGAUUCAGGUGUGGCUUCUGCUUGGUUGGAAUGAAAACCUGCAUCCACACCGGCCCUUUCCGGAUAAGACUCGCCCACCCCUGAUAUGGACCGAGACCAAGUCGCUCGACACUUUCAUGCCGGUCGUUUUGGUUCACGACUGAGUGUGAGCGCAAUGUUUACUCCUGCCUAAAAAUCCACACAGAGGUGAAAAACGCACCAGGGUUUCAUUUAAAUGGACUAAACACUCUACAUUUAAUGUUGUCCAUCCACACUAAGAGCUCUGUCCAUGGGAAGUGAGACAGUCUGAUUGCCACAAAAUGGUGGAUCAGGUUCGUAUAACAAAGUGAGUCUGAUGUCUGAGAGAAUGAAAAUGUGGAAAUAAUUUGAUUUCUACGUUCAGUUGUACAACAUGGAUGGAUUUAUCUUACUAUCUUACAGCCUUGAUUUUAAAAAGCAGUAUUUUCCAAAUUAGCCAAUAAUCAAACUCUUAGAUGUUCUAAAGAUGAGUCAGAACAUGUACUGACUGUAUUAUGUGUGAGAUUGUUCAGUAUUUUGUGUGUAUGUGUUUUAUCGACCCACCCCCUAGCUUUAGUACUGCAUUGCAUUCGAGCUGCUUUUAGAGAUCCCUCUGCAUUAUUGACGACAGGAUAGGGGGGAGUACCGGCAGGUGCACUCCUGCGCUCCACUUAACUACUUCUGUGAAGCAAUUAGAGGCCCCCAGUAUCCAAAACAUUCAGUUCAACUGACUUUUUGUUUGUAAAGGGAAAAAAAACAAAAAACAACAACCUUGUGGGGAAUGAAAUGUUUUUAGUAAUGAACCUGACGUGUAAUUUUACCUUGAAGAAAUGUCCUUCCUUUUUAUGACCGUUAAUAUCUUAUUGUCUCAUUCAUUGUUGUUCUAUGUUAAGCAUUUUUAGAUCCAAUAAUGUCAAUAAAUUUUUAAGCUAUA